UAUCGAGUGGCAUGCCACUGAUAGGGUCAGGCGACAGUUUGGUUUCAUUCAGGGAAUACCUGAUCCAGAGCAAAAUUUGGAUAAGGCGCAUGGAGAGGUUCUGACUGGUCCUAAGAAUCUUAACUGGGCCACGGCACCGACUCAUUCAAAAUGGGUGAUGCAUUGGACAAACAGGUAUCACUACGUUCUUUCUGAGCUUCCCAUGCCUUCAAGGCAUCAUUUGGAUAGUUACAUCAACUGGUACCGUACAAAAUAUGGAAACCGCUUAGCCUUGUCGAAUCUUGUGGGUGAAGAUAAUGAUGAAGGUAACCAGGACAUGGAUGCGGGUAAUGAUGAUAUGGAUGGGGGUAAUCAGGAUACUGAUGAGGGUAGUCAGGAUAUGGAUGAGGACAAUGAUGAUCAGGCGCCACAUAUAUCACUUCCAAAUCCGAUUCAAGAAGAACAACCUCAGCCCUCCGCACAGUAUCUACCUCAGACACAGUUCACCCCAUCAUUUCCAAUGCAGCAACAGUAUUGGGGUAUGUCACACUUUGAAGCAGGUGAAGGAGGUUCUUUCAGCCAGUUGCUUGGGUUCAUGGCUGCAGAUGCAGCACAGUCACAACAUAGCCAUCAGCCUGAGUUCAUGCCAGGCAGAUAUUCAUUGGAUGCGAGGUAUCCAGGCCAUACCUCAUCCGUUGCUUCUGGAGGGUUCGUAUCCGUCGACUCUAGUAGGAGUGAGGGUGGACGCGGUGUCCUUAAUAGUCAAAAUCCUAGCCGUCUUAACAUGGGACUUAUUGAGGAAGACCCUAACACACUCGAGGGAAAAACCGAUGCCUAUCUAGUAGACGACCCAGAUGACGAAGGCGAUGAUGAGGAGGAUGAUAUUGAAGAGUUUGAUGAGGACGAAGAAUCUCGUAACGAUGGUCAGGCACACAGUCCGGAUGACAAGGGUAAAGGUUACAAUCUACGGAUCGAUCCCCCACGUCGGAGCGCUAAUCGUUUCACUCCUUCUGUCUUUAAAAAGGCGGCCAAGAAAUGCAAAAAUUUUGUGAAGGAUGUAAAGUGGGCAAUGAGAAAGUAGUUGUUUAGGGUAAUUUGUAUAUGUGGGAAAUGAUGUACUAAUGACUUAAUGUAGUUUUCAGUGUACUUUGUAUUGUUUAGA